UGUGUGUGUGUGUGAGAGAGAGAGAGAGAGAGAGAGAGAGAGAGAGAGAGAGAGAGGUGGCAGUGCUUUGAGCGAAGGCUGUGAUUAUGAUCAUGCCAGGGGUUCAGACGAAUCACUAAUAACUGUGGCUACCGUCCAAUCCGCUUCACUUGACGCUGCGCUCCAGCGUUUGGUUUGCAGAAGGCUGAGUCAAACGCCACCAAACUGUCCAAAAGUGGAUCAGAACUGCGCUCUGCUGAUUUUGAGACUGCAACCGCAACUUCGUUACGAUGACAUUCACAAACACCUCCGUGGAUUUUUUCUCGCAGUUCUUUAUCUUGCAGAAUUUCUCCAUGUAUUUUAAUUUCUCUUUGGACGCGAUGUACGACAGAGGAGCGAAUUACGAGUCUCAAUCCCACAGACCGACCAUCAGAGCCCUGCUCGUCGUCGCAUAUUCCGUUAUUAUCAUCAUCUCGCUGUUCGGAAACGUGGUGGUUUGUCACGUUGUUAUUAAGAAUAAACGAAUGCACUCAGUGACAAGUUUGUUCAUCAUGAAUUUAGCCAUUGCUGACAUUCUUAUAACUCUCCUCAACACGCCUUUUACUCUGGUUCGGUUUGUUUACAGUACAUGGGUGUUUGGGAAGGCGAUGUGCCAUGUGAGCCGCUUUGCACAGUAUUGUUCUGUUCAUGUCUCUGUUCUUACACUGGUUGCUAUUGCUAUUGAUAGACACCAGGUGGUGAUGCAUCCAAUGAAACAGAGGAUGUCUCGGCUUCAGGGCAUAGCCUGGAUUGGUGUUAUCUGGGUCAUGGGGUCCUGCUUCUCUCUACCUCAUGCCAUCUACCAGAAACUGCUGCGCUUUCAAUUUAUCAAUAACAGAGUACGGAUGGUAUGUCUACCGAGCUUUCCUCAUCCCUCUGAUCUCUUCUGGAAGUAUCUGGAUCUUGCCACGUUCGUUCUGCUCUAUGUAUUGCCCUUAGCCAUUAUCUCCUUAUCGUACCUUGUAGUGGCCAAGAAGGUUUGGUUCCGGAAUGCUGUUGGUGAUGUCACGUUGGCUCAGUCGGCCGCUCAUCGCAGAAGGAAGAAGACAACUUUGAAAAUGUUAAUUGCAGUGGUGGCCGUGUUUGCAGUCUGCUGGUUUCCUCUAAACUGUUACGUUGUGCUGCUGUCAAGUAAAGUGAUCCAGGCUAACAAUGCCCUGUACUUCACCUUUCACUGGCUGGCCAUGAGCUCUACCUGCUACAACCCCUUUAUAUACUGCUGGCUCAAUCACAGCUUCCGUGCAGAACUCAGAGCCCUGCCUCUAAUUGGCCGUAUAGCCAAGGGCAAUGCCGUCCAGCAAUCCUAAGAUUUUGAAAUUCUGAUUUUUAUUUUAAUAUUCCAUUGUUUUUAUAAACGCAUAUUCACAUAUGAAAGCACUGUAGCGGAUCAUCCCUGUAAUCCUAGUUAUUUUACAUUUUUAUCCCACCCACAGCUCACAUUUAGUCCUCUACAUCUUAGUGAAAAUGACACCUAAAUCUGUGUCCUUUGAAAAAAACAAAACACUGUGUUGCCAUGGAAGAGAUGAAAAAAAAUAUAGACUGUAUAAGAUAAUAUAUAUAUAUAUAUAUAUAUAUAUAUAUAUAUAUAUAUAUAUAUAUAUAUAUAUAUGUAACUUAAAUAGAAACUAUGUUCCGUUUUCCAAAAAAGAAAAAAUCCAUAGUUGAUCAUGCUACAUGACUUUUUAAAUUUGAACACAUCUGAAAACACUAGGCAUCAUACACAGCUGAGGAUCAUACACUACCAGUCUUUCAAGUAAUUCUUAACAAAAUAAACUCAUAUAGAAAUACUGUAUGCUCCUUAUUGCUUGGAGAGACAUAACAAAUUAAAACAAUAUGUGUUCUGAAAUCAGCUCGGAAUAUCAAACUUGUUUGAUAAAUAAUAAUCUGUGCCUGUCAUACACUACAUGAUUUUCUGUGAAAUCUGUCAAAUCUGGCUGUCCAAAAUCAGCAGAUUGUCUAUGACUUCCAGCAGCAAGCUUUGACUCAUCCAGAUAGUAAAUUGAGGCUAAAAUUAUGUAGUGUAUUCCUGACUUUGAAGUGGCAUUUUAAUAGCACCACAUCACAAACAAAAUCACAUGAGCGAAUACAGAAGAUGUUUAUUUUUAUUUCAGGUUGGAAACUACUGAAUGAGAUUUUUUUCUGAACUAAUUUAUGAUAUUUAACUGAAAUAGCUAGCCAAUUAUUUAAUUAUAUUCACAUUUUGACAGCUUCUGUUGCACUAUAAUAAUUUCAUAUCAGGGUCUUAUUUAUUUGUUUUAUUCAUGAAUGUGUUUUUUCUAACACAUUAGCCAUAUUUAUUUCACCUAUCUCCAUGCAUAAGUAAUUCUCAGGCAGCACUGUAUUAAAUCUAUGGAUAUUGUUACAGUCUAUCAAAAAUUUUUACAGUAAUUUUAGAUGUCAGGUGGGGUAAAAUAUAGAUAUAGUGAAAUGAAUUACUGUUUCAUGCAGUUGUAUCCCUCUGAAUAUUUUCAUUUCCGCUGAGUUAUUUGGGCUGUUAUAGAGGUGAAAUGUAUAAUAUACAAAGCUUCAGAUGCUUAUGGUGUUGUUUUUAACAGCUACUGCAGAAUGCUCUCUUCUGGACCAAACCAAUCUGGGCUCUUUUUUAUACACUGCUACCAGUUUUAGUAUAGACUAUAAAAUUAUUGGGUAGCCAGGUCUCAGGUUUGAGCUUACAUUCAUUUUUGCACCACCAAGUAGAUAAGAAUUGAUUUUCUACACAUAAUAGCUGUGAUUUUUUUUUAGCCUUUAUCUGACAGUGCUAAUUAUUGUCAUUGGUUUUUGCAUAUUUAUGCAAUGGAACUUUGGAAGUCCUGAAACUGUGCAAAAACCAUUUCUGAGGCUUUUCUUAUAGGCAUAUGCAAAGGAUAAAGCAGCCCUGAAUGAACAAAACCUAUAUAUCAAAUUGUUUAUUUGCCUGGACCAGGUGUUAAUGUACUGUACUAUACUACAGUAAUGGAGUUGGUAAUCGGAAGGUAACUGGCUCGAUUAUCACAGAUAUUGUGCCCUUGAGCAAUGCCCUUAACCCUGGAGCUGCUGCUGGAGAUGGUCCCUUUAAUGCGCAAUUUAAAGGGGUCAUUUGAUGCAAUUUCAAAUUUUCCUUUCUCUUUGGAGCGUUACAAGCUGUUGGUGCAUAGAUAAGAUCCCUAAAGUUGCAAAGACUAAAGUCUCAAACCCAAAGAGUUAUUCUUUAUAAAAGUUAAGACUCGUCCACGCCCUCCUAAAAUGCCUCAUUUAAACACGCCCCCACAUGUCUGCGUCACGAUGUCACAUGCCACCCAAACGUUCACGCAAAGAAAGAAGGCGUAACUUUGAUUCUUGCUAUAGUAUUGUUGUCACCAUCGCCAUGAUGUGAAGACAAUGUGUGUUUCGUUGUGAAAGCGAAACUACUUUGUUUGAAAGUGAAAUAAAGUGAAAGUGACGUGACAUACAGCCAAGUAUGGUGACCCAUACUCAGAAUUCGUGCUCUGCAUUUAACCCAU